UGUUUCUUCUACAGAUGUCGAUGUGAGGACAGAGUCGCGAAUCGAUCGCAGAGGCAUCGGAAGCCCGCACCAAAUAGAGCAGCAGGGUUCCUAUCAGCAUCACCUUUAUCAGAACACACUAUCGCGUCGGAACUCCACCGGAAGUAGUGUGCUGAACAGCGGAAUGAACAGCCAUACGGCGGCCAUCAAUCUGCAGUCGUCCGGUCAAACAGCAGUCGUUGGUCAUCAUCGAGGUUUCUCGUCAACCGUCGUAGCCGCAGCCAAUUCGGCCGCCUCGGGCGAUUGUCCAUGGUUCAUGCCGCAUCAGAUGCCACCGACAGCACCGGCGCGGCAGCACAAAAGACCGGCGCCACAACCGGGGGUUGGUGUCCCCGGUGGUGGCGGCGGUGGCAUGGGACACGUGGGAAUGCAACCACCACAGUUCAUUAAUCCACCGCCGGCACCGCAGCAACAGAACCAACAACAACAACACUCGCCCCAGCAACAUCAACACGUGGCACCACCGCAAUUACCUCCUCACAGUGUUACUGGUAAUCAAAAUCUAAAUUCCAUCCUUCUGCCGCCGGCUCAGCAACAGCAGCAACAUCACCAACAACCCCCACCAACAAUGCACUCCGGAGGAAUGAUUCCUCCUGUGCAUCACAUACCAAAAUCCCCCAACCAGCACAACAUGCUAGGGCCCUCGGGUCUCCAGCAAGCGGCGCAACAUCACCAGCCAACGGCACAACACGGUGCCCUGGGUAGCCAUCAAUCGAAUCUCAUGUCCACUUCUAUGAACAGUGCCCAGCUACAGAAUCACAUCCUUACCGGCCAGCAGCAGCAGCAGUCUGCGUCUACAGUUCAAGGGGCGGCGGCGGUAGUUAUUCCACCACAUCCCGCUCAGCAGCAGCAGCAACCACAGGUGCCACCGGCACCACACGGGAUGUCCAACUCGAUGCAUAGCCAAAUUGGUUUGCCCCCGCCACCGUCGGCGGCGGCAGGUGGGACGGCAUUCGACAGCAAUGGAGUGAGUUGGGUUGGGCCCGGUGGCGUGGCUACGGCGUCCCUUUCGCCCACAGCGGCGGCGGCCGCUCAAAGGAGGGCGGAAGUCAAUGCCAAGCUGAAUGCGAUGCCAUGGUUCCACGGACGGAUAAAGCGCGAGGAGGCGGAAAAUCUGCUGAAACCCCGCGAGGACGGAUUGUUCCUGGUGCGCGAGUCAACCAACUUCCCGGGCGAUUACACGCUGUGCGUUUGCUUCAACGAGAAGGUCGAACACUACCGGAUUAAAUACGCCGAGAAUAAGCUAACGAUCGACGACGACGAAUACUUUGACAAUCUCGGCCAACUGGUGGAGCACUACACACUGGACUCGGACGGACUGUGCACGAAACUGAUGAAAGCCUUACCCAAGGAGGAGUUUUGCGUCAAGGACUUCCAGGACAAUGGCUGGGAGAUCAAAAUGGAAGACUUACAGUUGAAAGAGAACAUCGGCAAGGGCGAGUUUGGCGAUGUUAUGCUCGGCAUUCUGAAGGGUGAGAAAGUGGCCGUAAAAGUGUUGAAGGACGCCGGUAGGGCGUCCAAUAAGUUCCUUGCCGAGGCGGGUGUUAUGACAACCCUCGAACAUGAAAAUCUCGUCAAAUUCAUCGGAUUAGUGUUUCACGAUAAGUACAUAUACCUGGUGACAGAAUACAUGAGUAAAGGUUCCCUAGUGGAUUAUCUUCGAUCGCGAGGCAGACAGCACAUCACUCGACGAGAUCAAAUCAAUUUCGCUUUUGACACCUGUGCCGGAAUGGAGUAUCUCGAGAUGAAGAAAGUCAUCCAUCGAGAUUUGGCAGCCCGGAAUGUACGUAUUGGAGAGGAGUGCGACGCAAAGGUAUCCGACUUUGGAUUGGCACGGGACGAACGGUACACGGCUGACAUCAGCAAGCUGCCUAUCAAGUGGACGGCUCCGGAGGCGCUCAAAGAGGGAAAAUUCUCCAACAAAACCGACAUGUGGAGUUUUGGAAUUCUUCUGUGGGAAAUCUACUCAUUCGGUCGAGUACCCUAUCCCAGAAUCCCUCUCGCGGAUGUGGUUAAGCACGUUGGCAGCGGCUACAAGAUGGAAGCCCCCGAAGGCUGCCCGCCGGAAAUUUACGAAAUGAUGCGCCAGGCGUGGGAUCUAGUCCCGGAGAAGCGACCCACCUUUGCCGAGUUGAAACGGCGGCUGGCCAUCUGCAAGCGAGAAACGGCCAAUAACUACGUGACGUAGAAAGGUAAUAUUGUCCCAGUUAGGUUUACACCGAGCUACUGCAGCAUGGCUGCAGAAGUGCUGUUGUCGACCCCACUUAUGUUUAAAACGAGUCUGAGCGAGUGCUUCUCUAGCCGUUUUCCCCAUCCAAAACCACGCUGCGCAAGUAGUAAGUACUAUUAUAUUAUGAUAGUGGAUGACACAGGAAGAACAUAGAUGCCAUUUAAGUAGGGAAUACUAUUUCUGGUAGCCUCUAAAGAUACCUAAAAUGACUGUAGCGGAAUGUAUUGGGGAAUCUGUUGAUUGAGGCAAAGGUUCGAGGGAAUUGUACAGAAUAAGUGUUUCUUGUUUUCGUUAAGAUGGUCUUUCGUUCACGCUGGCUAGUUGCGCGUGUUUUAUGUAAGGCCGGCAUUUCUUUUUUUAUCCUUUUGAGGAUCCUACUUCCGUUCCAUAAUCAUAUGCUAGGAAGCAAAAGUAACAGUAACACAAUGUAUAUAAUCAGCAGGAAGAGUCGUCUAAUCUGUUAAUAGACAUGUUCAGAAAAGUGAAAAGAUUUGGUGAUUAAGAAUUAACUUAUUAGCCGCGGUCGGAAUGAAAAGUUUUUUAAUAGUGGCAUAUAAAUAGUUUGCGUUUCCUGAAAAGUAUGGAUGAACGAUUUCUUUGUUUGUUUGUGAUAAGUUAUGAUUAAGCAAGGACAGGAUAGUAACAAACAGUCAGUUAGUUCCACAUAUCAUCAGUUUAUUUUGAAUGAAAUCUAGUAUUGGUUUUAAACAUAAAUUUUGUUUAGUCUUUUGGGCUUCUUGAGAUGCAAGGAAGAUUGGACGAAAGAAAGAAGUAUCCCCGAUGUGUCGUUUAUUUAUUUCCAUUAAUCGCCCAAUUAUAAUGGUAGUCAUACGAAUAAUAGCACAAACACUCACUCAAAAAAUGUGAUCGUUUGCAGCUAUUGAUUACUAGUUUUCCUUCCCUCUCAAGUGUCCAAUGUUUAUUUUACGUAGAAACCAGUGCAAAAACGUCUGCACAAAAAAUAACCAAAUCUGGACAAUCAAUCAAACUGCUAUAAACUCUAAACGUUUUAUAAUGCACAAAUGCGUCACAGUAUGGAGGAUAGCUUUUCAAAAGUGAGUUUUUCAUCGGAUUUUAUAAACAAAGAGUUUUUGGUCAGCCAACCUGAAUCAUAGCACACAUUUUUUUUACAAUAAAUGCUUAGUACGGUAGGUCUUUGUUGCUAUAAUUUCUAGACCAACAUUUGAAAAAGCCGUGACAGCAAAAAUUUAUUCUUUAAGGUUCCUCGUCUACAUGCAUAAAUAUAUACGUAGGUCGUAGAAUAAAUUUAGGCUGUUAUAUCCUUUUCUAGAUUCGACUUCUAUUUCAGUUAUCGUUGUCAGUGUAAGUGUGAAUUUAUUUUGAGAGGUGCUCUUUUUACCACCACCUUCAUUUCCCAUUCUGGACUUAUUUCUCCCAGUUUGGUGAAAAGGUGCGAAAAUCCAGCUAACAACAUGUAAACAUUUCGUACACAGGAAUGAACGUUUCAGCAAGACUAGACUCAAUCUAAUGGAGCUAAAACAUGCUGGAACUUUGUAGCGUUUUUUCUGACAUUCGCACUAAGCGAUCAGCUCACUGAACUCGGCCGUAUUUUAUACGAUUCACUUAAUUUUCUUCUUUGUACAUUUGAUACAACUUGAUUCAUACGUCUGCGUCACACACCAUUUUCUAGUGUACUGCCCGUAAUCGUAUAUCUGUUCCAUAUGAAUAAUGGGUUGUGAAAGAUAGGAAAAUAUGGUACUACAGGCAGUAUAGAUAUACGCAUUACUUUUCGCUUGAAAACCCCGAAAGCUUUCCGGUUUGCCUUCUUUAACGUCCACACUUCAUGUCCGUAAAUAAUCACCGGUAAAAUCAAAGAUUUAUACAGAGCAAAUUUCGUUUCCGUCUGCAUUUUGCGGGACAUAAGUUGUUUGUGUAUUGCGCUAUUCGCAACCUCAAUACGUCUUUUGAUUUCACGGGAAACGUCAUUGUCACAUAUUACAAGCGUUGCAAGGUAAACAAAUUCUUCAACAACUUCAAACACAACCCCUUCCAACAGUACCACAGCACCAAUACCACAAAUUCUCCCUCUAUCUCUACCCGCAACCAUGUACUUUAUCUUGGUAGAGUUAAAGGUUAGGCCUAUCCCCUUUUCUGCGGGACAAAAGCAUCCGCUACUGCAAUGCGAUCGAUUCAAAUCAGGUCGAUGUCGUCCGCAAAGCUCAGGAGCAUAUGCGACCGUGAGUAGAUGGUGCCAGAUCUACUAAUCGCGCCAUCGAGUGCAAUGUUGAACAAUGAAUUCGAAAGUGCAUCACCCUACUUCAAUCCCUAAGCUCACAAACGAGGUUAAGGACAAGCCUCCCGGAUUCCAAAACUAAAUUCACUCGCGUUUUCAAGGGCACUCUAUUCAAAGCGGAAGUCACGUAUACAACUGUAAUUUUUCUUAUUUCAGCUUUGCUGCGUCGCAGCAUGCGUGGAAUAAUAAAAAUGACAGUCAUGCGAGUUCAAAAUUUGGUUGCCAGGAUUUCUUUUUAAAAAAGCUACAUGCUACACACUCCUCAACUAAGACUAAUUUCUUUGCUACUUUCAAUAUUUAAUUACACCUCGCUCAUUCACUGUCUAAUCAGCGCCUGACUCCAUGUGUCCGGAGUCCAAAAUCCUCCAUGUGCUCUCGAUGCCGAUCAGUGGAACUGCUGAUGAUGCUCGAUGCCAUGCCAUUCUGUUGCCAUGUGUCGCCCAAAUUGUUGACGAUGGGGCAAAGUUCGAGGAAUUUACCAAGUAUAGUUAACUAGCGUUUUGGAUUCCGGGAGAUUCCUUGUCCUUAACACUUCGUCUAGUUACUUGAUUUGGAGCCAUCAUGGUUGCAAACUAUCCCUACUUAAAUUCUUUGGAUUUCCUUUUUUGAUCCUGUCUUAGAUUCAGGGCAUAAAGUAAGCUGCACACAUCUUGAGAUCAAUGAAAAACCAAUCUAACUAAUGCUAUAUGCUGCGUUAUACUGAGGAGGAAUAGUGAUCAUUAUUGAUAGUUAUCCUAAAUCGCGUAGGCAUAUGCAGUAGUAGUCUUAAAAUGGGAAUUGUGCCAAUGUGCUCACAUUUUUCAUAGAUGUAUUAUUAUUUAAAUGCAUACUAUAUAUUAUAGCUGACAACGAUAAUUAAAGUUUUCUGUAGAUUUAUCCAUUCAGGUAUAUUUGCUACCCGUUCCGGUUCGAGAAGUUGAGUGGUAAAGCAAGUAUCAUUCUGAAUUCAACUAACAUAAAAGAAUCAACAUGGAAAUCGGCAUCCAAAAAUGGAACGAAAGGAAACAGCAAGCAAAAAUUAGAAAUCCAUACAAUAAUUAACGAUAUGAUAUUCAUAUUUGUAAUUUAUUACCUUACGCCCUAUGCAUUAUUAUACUUGGAUUGCGCGAGCAGAAAAGAGGAAAUAUCGAGUAGAGGAAAAACUUCUCGAAAAGAGCAGCUGAUGUGUUGAGUGUAAAAAAUCAACUAUGUAGUUUGUAUGCAACGGAAAUGGAAUACAUGAAAUCUAUUCGAACAGUCAUUUUCAAAUAAAUAUGUUACAAUAAAAUUGGAACACAAAAAUAAGCAUCAAGUAAUUCGUAAUUCUUGUGAAUUGAGUUCAAGUUACAAUAAUUACAGACAUUGAAAUGAAACUAAUUGUACUAGUUUCUUUUUUGAGAGUGAAUGCAUUUCUGUGUGUCUUUGUGACAGUUGUGAAAAAUGUAGGUGUACAGUUGUAUGUGUGAGGUGAAUUUUGGUUGAUUCGAGUGCAUUGUUUUUAGAGGAAUUUUAAUGUGUUUCAUACAGUGGAAAUGGAAAAGGUUACUUGUUAUACGAUGUAAAAGAAAAUAGUUUCUCCUAUUUCGACAUUAUUCCAACUGCGAAUCUACAGAAUUAGGCGGAAAAGGAAAAAUAACAAUUUCAAAACAUUUGAUUUUGAUCGAUUUUUCUAUUUGGUUGAAUUCCCUCCAUGAUUGUUGUUUUCUUUUUAUUUGUUUAGAGAUUUUUAUUGUUUUAUUAAUAUAUUUAAAUUAAACUUCUACUACAGGAGGAACAACUAAGAAACGUGUAAAAGUGUUUGUAAAUGUACAUAAAAAGCAAAGAUAAAAGCUAACGUUUUAUUCAAAAAUAACAUAAAAGAACAUAAAUCUGUUUGAAAGUACUUAACUUUGGCUCAUACACACAAAAUAACAAAAAAAUGAAAAUAAAUUACAAAAUUACAGAACAACUGGAGAACAAGAAAAGUAAGUCGAACACUAUCACAGCCUUUCUCGCUCGUUACCAUUCCAGUAAACUGUUUCCUUCAAUCGAAAGACGAAUAAAAUUAAUCAUUCUAAAAAUGUUGAAUUUAUUGAAACAAACCGAAAGCUUUAUGAACAGCUAGCCAUUCCUAUUUUUUUUUUCAAGCAUCCAGUGAAGCCAAAAUAUUCUGAUGAAACGUCAUUUCUCUAGUUGUAGUUAAAAUUUUGUUCUAGAUACUGCUACUACUUUCAAUAGGAGCAGCUAUCUAACUCGAAAAAUAUCAUUAAACAGAGAAAGCGAUAGUCCAAACAUAAUUCCUAAUUAGCAAAAAAAGGUAGUUUGUUUUAACUUUCAUAGAAAUAUUGAAAAACAAUCAACAAAGGAAAGAGUUAAAAUUUGGAAGAAAAUAUCAGCUAUGAAACAAUGACAGUUCAAAACGAAACACUCAAAUAAUAUAGCGAGAAAAACAAAAUCAGCCAAUUAUAGAGGAAAUAGUUAUUCUGGAAAUAAAUUAAAAUCAAAGGUUCAUGCAAAAAGAAGCAACGUUUACAAAAGAAACAAAAACUACGAGCUCAACUAAAAUGUAACACAAAGCAAACAAACCAAUUAAAAAUCAUGCGGAUAAUGACGAGAGUGUAGAAAGAAAGAAUGGCAUACGUGCAUAUUUCCUUUACUUUUAAGUAAUGCCAAAUGCAUACCGAAAAACAGAUUGCAAACAUGUUGACCAUAGGCAGACAACAAGAAGAAGUGAAAAGGGAAACACACAUAACUCGAAACUUAGAAUAAAAAAAUAAGCGAAACUGAAUAAACGUCCCCGAUGCUAUAGGAAACGAGGGAAGAAUGAAGCUGCAACAAUUUCAACCAACCAACUACAACACAACUAGCAUACAAUCUAUAAAAUGAAGCAUAUGAUUCAAAACUGAAAGGAGGAAAAAGCAAACAUAAUAAAACAGAAAAUAAGAAAAAUCA